GCCCCAGAUUUUAACCCGUUCAUGCCCAGUGCCAUUAGUACAGUGUCAGUGCUUUUUAAUAGCACUGAUCACUGUAUUGGUGUCACUGGGGAUGUCAGUAUCACCAAGUCUGUUCCCCCCCAGUGUCAGAAUGCCCACCGGAGUCCCGCUAUAAGUCGCUGAUUGCCGCCAUUACUAGUAAAAUAAAAAUCCCAGUAUCUUUACCGCCAUUUGUAAACGCUAUAACUUUCACGUAAACCAAUUAAUUUACAUGUAUUGGGGUUUCUUUUUAGCAAACACAUGUCGCAGAAUGCAUUUUGGCAGAAAUUU